AUGGUCAUGUCCCUGCGAAUGGGACUACAUGUACAUAGCUGGCUCUACUGUUCGUUGGCCCCUCCCCCAGUUGGGAUUGGGAUGGGAUGGGCUGCUGGGGUGGUGGGCUCGUUGGCGCGGGCGCAGUGGCCUCAGUCUGCCCAGCGCAAGAAGACAGGUCUCAAGCGGGAGCAUACCGCCGACCCAGCCUACGGCCGCCUGAAGCGUCAUCGCCCCGACGGACAAGAACCCGACUAUUCCCUUUCCCAACAGCAAGAGUCUCGGCCAUACUCUAUAAUUCCGCAUCAGCAGCAGCCGUAUGUUUCCGUACGGGGCGACGAGAGCCGCCGGCUGGAGAGUCCGGGGCAGCCCAGAGCCCACGAUACCAGGGGUAUACCUGUCAACCAUCUCGGGUCCGGCAACCUUCAAGGCGUGGGGACGAGCACCGCCAGUCAUCAGAGCGCGAAUUAUUACCCGCCGCACUUAAGCUUACACCAGCACGCACGUCAUGGACACUCAGACGCCCCUGCUAGCAGCAGUGGUGCCCACUCCGGCACUGCUCGUCGAGAGAGCCCUCUGGCUCAGGGCUUGAGUCAGGACAUUUUGCCACCAUUCGUCUCUCGUGCAGCACGAGAGCGUGGUGUUGGGGGGUACAGCGCAGGGGGAGUGCCAGGGGGUCAGCCUGCAGAGGAACUUCAGCGUUCCCCAGAGGAACCACGGGCUUCUCCGGAUGAAUGCUCUUCUCCUGAGAAUGCUGAGGACUCGAGCCCCCUGGUAGUUCCCCGCGGAGCAGCUGUCACAGGCACAAGCUCUGUUAGGCUAGAGCGAGGUGGCCACCUUCCCAACUUUCAAACUGGGAGCAGAGGAGUUUCGAGCUCUGAUGCCUCUUCGGAGGAAUCUUUAGAGGAAGAGAGCGAGUCCUCCGAGUCUGAGGAUGACGACCUCGAAGACAAUGCUGAAGGUGACUCUGAUGGUCUUGAAGAUGAUCAAGACAACAGCAGUCACCUGAGCCAAGGUGAAGAAGCUAACGUUGAAUUUGAAGAUGCAGUGGCUGUAGAAGAAGAAUCAAGCAACGAGGAUGAACCCGUCGUUCAACUUGGCUUCCAAAGCCAUGAGGCCUGGAGACGAGCUCUUGUCUCUCGAUCUCGUGGAUCUUACAACCCCGGAGCAGUCAGGACUCUUACUCGCAGUCUCCAAGCCUCUCGUCUCGAUGAUAUAGACUCGGACACUGGCAGCUCAACCUCGUCCCUGUACACCAACACCUCGGAAGAAGAACGAUAUCUCCCAGACCAUGAGUACGACUCGGCCGACGAGCUCGCGGAAGAAUACCACCGAGCAGAGUUCGCCUACGACGACGAUGACGAAAAGGCCGAGCUCAUGAGGCAAAAGUAUGGCCCGCCCAUGGACACUCCCGACUCCCCGCCUCCCCCCGGUGACGAUGCCCACAAGGGGAAGGGGAGGCGGGCCCUGAUGCCCUUGGAACGCGAGGAUGUCAAGAACACGAGACUCAUGGGCGCCUGCGUGCGCUGCAGAAUGCAGAAAAUCAAGUGCAACACGGACCAGAACAGACCCCAGGGAGAAUGCAUCAGCUGCAAAACCGUACACAAAGAAUCUCCAAGGCUCAUCCGCUUCAUGCCAUGCCAGAGACUCAAGAUCGCCGACCUGGUUCUUUACCGCUGCGGAGGUCUAAACCUCACCAAACGAUGGAAGGGCAUCCAGAUGCGAGACGUCUCCGACCGUCUCGACAACGUGCCCGUCGUCAUCAAAGUCUCGCAAGGCCUCUGCCGUAAACCACUCGUCAUGCGUGUCGUGCGCUUCAAACCCAGACCCGGUGACGUGACGGCCAGAUUCUGGACCUACUGGCUCUUUGGAAAGGAGAUUUUCAAGAAAAAGGAGCUUGCGCCCUACUGUCUGCACGACAUAGUGUCCGCUGCCGAGGGUAUUGAGCGGUACACGGUUGAAAAUGCCGUCCCUGCUUUUAUAGACACCCUCAAGAGCAUAGCGGGCAAGGAUCAGGAGGUAGACAGCAUUUACAAGACGGACCUCAUGGCGUUGAAGCACUACAUGUCCCUAAUUGAAAAAAGCAACAAGACAAGGACGGAAGAAGACAUUAGAGAAGCAGGCAUCAUGCAUAACCUCUUUGUCCUCUGGUGCGCAAUGCGUAGGCAUCCCUUCCCCUUCUCCUUUUGCAAAACCAACCAAUUUCUUUCCAUAGGCCACACCACAGGCUCCUUUUACAUCGAGGGCGAAGAGAAACUUGGCAUGCUCCCCGAGCUCGAGGAUACAUCAUACCCACUACACGGCCAAGUCUCUGUGCCCCGCAUGGUCGUGGCCCAGUUCGACACGCUCAACUACGUCUGGGUUCUUGAGCGGUUCAAAAACAAGCUCCUACGAGACAUCGACUGGCUUCUUCUACAGAAAGAUAAACGCUGGUGGUUCACGCUCUAUCUGAUUGUGUUUAUCCUCCUACGGGAAUCGAGCUUGAUGUCGUUGGACAGAUACCGUCACGCAAGAGAAAACUUUGGAUGCAAGCUUCGAUACUCUAUCCCCGAAUUCGUCGAGAGCCUCCACAUCAGCUGCAACAAUAUCCUCACGCACUGGCACUACAGGAACAAGCACCCGUGGCCAACAUCCCCCGACCCCAGAUCCAGGGAGGGAACCUUUCUGAGCCAUCUCACCGAUCAGCAGUACAUCCUCAUCCAGCAGACACUUCAAGACCCCGAGAUCCUCAACCAGCUCUCCAUCUGGGAGACUUAUAAGAAGGAGAACGGCAGAAUGGAAAAGGUCAAGCGACCCCAUUACCCCAACCACGUCGAGUACACGGGCAAGCAGGACAAGUUUGACUGGGACCACCCCUACUACUGGGUAUCCCAGCUCUUUGAGCCAGACUGGCAAGCUCACCCCACGUACCAGCGAGAGCCAAUCCCCAAAUCUGCCGCAGCCAAGAUGAUUUCCUCUUGA